AUGUCACAGGACUUGUAUUUGAGGAAAGGAAACAGAUUUGAGACUGGAGAUGGCCAGGGAUUUGAGAGUCAAACAUCACAGGACACAUACAGUGUAUCUGAGAAAAGACACAGAUUUAAAUUUGAGGCUGGACAUAGAUUUGACUCUUACACAAACAAUAUAAUAACCAUGACAACCAAGAAGCCAAAGACUUGCUCUGUACAUACAGAUUUAGGGAAGACACCAGUCAUUAUACCGACAAACAAGACUUAUAUAAAAGAUAUAGCCAAAUUAGAGAACGAAGUGGGAAAAGGAAAUCCAAAUUGGUUUGUAGAAGCAUCUCGUAAUCCAAGAGAGCAAGAUUCUUCAGUGACACCCAUCUCACAAAAGUCUAAUAUACAAGAUUCCUACAAUGAAGGCUGUCCAUUAUAUAAUUCCUCAAAUCUGUUAGAAUCUCAAUUCUCUGCUACCAGUCGUUUGACAGGUUGGAUGCCACCUAUACUUGGAAUAAGCCCUGUGAAUGGUACAGCACAGCAGUAUGAAGGCUCUCAGUAUGAUUUAGUAAAGAGCCUUGGUGUAAAUGAUUCAACUCUCAGCUGGACUAGUUCAUUAGCUACACCAAAUCAUGCUGAUUUGGAGGACAGAGAAAGUCAGACUCCAGCUCAAGCCAAAAGGAAGGGAUUUUCUCGCAUGUUAUUUUCUCCUGGAAACAACAUGACAAGUGAAACCAUGGAAGUAUGUACCCUAAAUGAUUCUCCAGUAACUAAAGUCAGUUCCAAAUUAUCAAAGGAAAACAAUGAUUCAGAUCAUUCUACUGAAAUAAUAGUUAAUUCCUACAUUAGCAGUCUAGAGAAAAACAAUGGAAAAGUAGAUAUACCUGAUUUAACUGAUGCUCUGUCCGAUUUCUUUGAUCCUCCAUCUAAAGCUGCAGGUAGGAGGAGGAGUGCACCAUCUUAUAGGAGAAAUUCCAUUAAAACUAAACCAGCAAACUCUGUAGGUUCAAUAUCUUUUACUCAGGGUGAUUCAGACAAAAAUAAUAUCAUUGAAGACCUUUUUAGAACUAAAGAUCAACAUUUAAAUGAAUGUCCAACAAAACCAAAUAAAGAAACUAAUGAAAAUAGCAUUCAAAUUACAGAGAAAUUUGAUCAUUGUGAAAGUGUUAGACAAAAAAGUGUUGAUUCAGAAAAGUUUGUCUCUUCUGUUUCAAAAUCCCAACAAUGCAAAGAAAAGUCUCUUGAAAAUGAAGAGCAAAGUAUGCUGAGAAAUGAACAGGAAUGUUUGCAUGAAAAUGUAGAAAAUUCAAUUAAACCUGAAGAAUUUAGUCAGACAGAUCUGUUUUGCUCUACGCCCUAUGAUGGCGAUAGGACUUAUAAGUCAAUUCUAUCAACUGCAAAAAGGAAAACACCUGCAUCCAAAAAACGUGUAAGAUUUGACAAAGAUUUGGAUGAAAACAUAAUCAAUUAUAUAGGUACAAAUUCAACAACUGGAAAUUCUGAAGGGAAAAUUCGAAAAACUUCUAACGAAUUUUCGGCUGAUGCCACUUUUGAAAUUGAAACUGAAAAUGCUAGGAUGGAAAAUAAUGCUAAGGGAAAUGAUAAAGAAACUGAUGAUUUGUUUUCUCAAGUUUCUCCAACAGUCUUACAAGAAAUGUGUUCAGUUUCAUCAGACAAACUUGAAGAAUCACCUUUUACACGAAAAUCUACUGCAUCUGUUGAUACUCUUAUCAGAUCUGAUAUAAGUGAUCAGACAGGAUCUAUACCAAUAUCUCCUGUUGUACAGAUCAAUAAUACCAUUCCUGUAGUAGAGGAUAAAAUACUGCCUAUUAACAAUGUUUCAGAAACAGAGAAUUUGAAUUGUGCCAUAAACUCUCUUGAAAAAACUGUACCUGUUGAAACUAAGUCUAAUAUUAAGACUGAUAGUCUAUUAAAGAAACCUGGUAAAAUGAAAAGAUUUUUCUAUCCAACUAAUUCUCAAAUCAACACAUCAUGUCCAAAGUCUGUUUAUGGAUUCAAACAACAACCAAAUGAAACAGCUAACAACAACAUUAAAGAUAACAAUGAGAAUACAGUAAUUGAACCAUCAGAUAAUACUAAUGCUGACAGUAGAACAGACACGACACCAACAAUCCACAUAGAGGUGGUGAAGACUGGUCUAACAAAUUACACUCCAACUUUGUCAUCUGGUAAUAUUGAUUCAAGAACAAGAUCUUCAGGUUCAGGUUUUAAAAGAUACAGUGAUUUAGUUGAAGUAUCACAGAAAGCAAGUGUAGAGAAUGUGAACACAGCAAGUUCAAACAUUUACAAAAGGGUUUCAAGGACAACCAACGACACUUGCAGUACUCCAACAUCUACCAGGAGAGAUUCCAUAGAAAUAAAACGUAAAAGACUUUGUUUGAAUCAGCAGGAUUUUAAUGAAAAUUGUUCAUCCGAAAAAACUGUCAAAGAAUUAACUUCCCCAAAGUUUCCCUAUGAAAAAACUUCAAAUCCAAUUAGUUCAGCUGCAGCAAGUGCAAUAAAAUUAGACAUUCCUUACCCUGAAAGUGACAUAUUUGAAGAUGACCUACCUGAUGAUUCCUUUUCUAAGGAAAUAAAUAUUGAUGGUACUUUGGAAAAUCUGUCUGGUAACUCAGAUUAUAAAGAAAACAUGUUUGGUACUUCUGAAAAUCUGUCUGGUAAUUUAAGAAAAUCAGAAAAGUCUGAUAAUUUUGAAAAAAUACGUGAAGAAGGUAUGCAAGCAAUAACUCCAAAGGCUCUGAAAAAUAAUUUCAAGGAACAGUACAAACAAAACGAAGAAAUAUUCAGAAAAGAUACAACCAAUAACAAGAGUAAUAAACAGUCAGAAAAUAUCAGGGGUGAAAUGUUUCAAGGAUUUAACACUGCAGCAGGAAGUAAAAUAAACAUAACAGAUAGUAAAUUAUUUGAAGCUGAGAAACUCAUGGUAGUAGAUAGCUCUGAUUUUACUGGCGAGUUUACUGAUGAUUUCAUAGUAGAUCGUAAGUUAGAAGUUAAAAACAGAACAGAAUUUGAAAAAGUAAAACUCCAAGGAGACACAAUGCUGAUGAAAAGAGAGGCUUCUCCAGUACCUGGUAUUGAAACUAAAGUACUUGAUGUUAAAAUAGAGAAUACAGGCAACUAUGUCAACAAAAUCUCAGGUCUUAAUAAAAAUAGAGAAAUUAACUUAAGUGGUGAUAGAAACUUUGAAAAGAGACUUAAUUAUACUCCUGCAGUAGAUGUGAAUAGCAGUGUAUUAGGGGAACACUUGCAGCCAUUAAGUAAGCAACUAACUUCUUUAAGUUCAGAAAAAAAUGCCAACAAGGACAUUACAAUUCCAGAGUUUGAAAUAAAAACAGAACUACAGGAGAGCCAUGCUUUUAGUGGAGGUUUUUCAACAGCUUCUGGAACAGAUAUUAAGUGUUCAACUGCAAACCUCACAAAGGCACAGAAAUUAAUGGACAUAACUGACAAUGUAGAGGAUAAAGAAGAUACUAAUAAAAGUUUAUCUUCAAAAUAUAUAAAUAAUGGAUUUGCAUCAGCAUCAGGGAAAAAAUUACCUAUGUCACUGUCUAGUUUAUCUAAAGCAGAGAAAUUAAUGGAAGACAUGAAAGAUGAUGAGGAUAAGGCAGGUGUUUCCAAUGUUAGUUGUGUUAACAAUAUUGUGGGGUUUUCAACUGCAGGAGGAAAGAGUUUCAAAAUUUCGCCAUCAAGUUUGUCAAAAGCUACAGCUUUAAUCUCAGACUCAGAAAAUAUUCAACAUGUAUCAGAAGUGAAUUUACGCAUCAAUCUGAUUCAAACUAAAACUGAAAAAAUUCAUUGCCAUGGAUUUUCUACUGCCUCUGGAAAACAGUUUAAUAUCUCAGCAUUAAGUUUGUCCAAAGCCAAGAGUUUAAUGAAGGAGUCUCAGGAGCCAUUUGGGGGAGAUCAAUCAGAUGUAAUUGAAAAUAAUGAAGUUAAAGAGACAGGAUUUUCUACUGCAACAGGAAAAACUUUCAAUUUAUCCAAAUCUAGUCUAUUAAAAGCAGAAAACAUUAUGGAUGGAAAAGAAUGUCAGCUGGUUGCUCCAGAAUCUGCUUUACAAUCUAAUACCGAUACAGGGCAGUCUAAUGGCCUUAUGAGUGGUUUUUCUUCUGCAUCUGGGAAAGGUUUAAAUAUUUCUACAGCCAGCAUUUCUAAAGCUACAUGUUUAAUGAAAGAAAUAGAUGACAAACAGGAACAUUCAGCACCUGAUACAGAAUCAAAGAAGGAAGAGUUUGAAGAAAUUUUCAGUAAAAUACUCAAACAAAGCAAAUCAAAUAACGUAUUAAAUGUUGAUGUCACAAACAAAAGUUUACGUGUUGAAAGUGAUUUGGAAAAAGAACUGGAAAAUAUGCUGACAAACAAACAAAAUAAAAAAGAAAAUAUUCCAGUUCAACCGGCAAAAUCCACAAGGUUUCCACCUGGUUCUAAUGUUCCCAAAGGAUUCAGACCUUUCAAACCUCCAAAAAUUAUAAGCAAGCCAAAAGUUGUCCAAAACAAAAAAUCUGUUACAACCCAAAGCGCACCUGAAGUAGAUUGUACAAAAGAAGAUAUUUUGAUUAAAACUGACAUGGCUGAGCCUUUGAAACUAGAACCUGAAAGUGAAGACAAUUACUGUGGUCAUACUUCUGAUCCUAUUAAACAGAACAAUAAUAAUAAUAUAGACAGUACUUAUUUGGAUGAGGUUUUUUCAGAAGAAUUGUUACCAUCUCAAAAAUUCAGUCCAGAAUCUGGUCGUCCAGUGAAAAAAUGUAGAAGGGAAGAGUCGACAUCCUCUGUUACAAGUGACGAUUUAGAAUUGAUUGAAGCUGAAAAAAGUAUUGAGCUAACAACAUAUACAAAGUUAGAACCACUUCAGACAAAUGAAUCAAAGAAUGCCACAUUUUCAUUAGGAACAGGUGGAGACAAUAAAAGAACUAGAAUUGAAAAUUCAGAGUGUGAAAUAGAUAUUGAUUUUAAGGGAGAUAACUCUCAGUUUGCCCUAGAAGAAGUUAUGGAUCCUGGAAAUGAAUUCACACAAGUUUUGAUUGAAACUGAUAAAGACAGGGUUGAUGAAGCAUUACUGAAUUGUGAAGUUUUUAUUAAAGAAAAGAGAAUAAAAGCUGAAAAUUUAGUGCAACCUAUGAAAAGUAAUUCAAAUACUGCAACUAAUUCUACUUUAGAUUUUAUUCCACAAAUUACAUCAACGUCAGCUUUUGUAAAUGAAAAGGUUGAAAUGAAUGUUGAUCCUGAUAUAACAUUUAAUUUUAAAAAUCAAAAUCCUUUUCAAAGUGCUUCAGGGAAGACUGUUUUUGUGUCAGAGAAAGCAUUACAGCAUGCUAGACAAACAAUAAAUAAUGAGAACACAAAGAACAUUGAAGGUUUAGGAGACUCUUUUCCUCAUCCAAGAAAGUCCAUGGAAUCAAAUAUUUGUAAUCCUUUCCAAAGUGCUUCUGGUAAAACUGUUACAGUCUCUCAAAAAGCUCUUGUGCAUGCAAGGAAAACUUUAGAUGAUGAAAACAUUGGUUUGUUUCAUAGUGCUUCAGGGAAAAGUGUUGAAGUUUCAGAAAAAGCUCUCCAGCAUGCUAGCAAAACACUGGAUAAUUCUAGUUCAAUUCAAAGUGUGUCAGGAAAAGGCAUUUCUGUUUUGCCAAAAUCUCUUCAACAUGCCAGACAAACACUUAUUGAUGACAAUUCUAAUCCAUUCCAGAGUGCUUCAGGAAAGAUUGUUCAAAUUUCAGAGGCAGCUCUUAAACAUGAAGAAAUUAUUACUCCAGUUCAUGUACUGAAAGACGAUGAAUUGAGAAGAGAAACAUUGAAAGACAUAAGUGACAAUCCUUUUCAGAGUGCAUCAGGGAAAAAUGUACUGGUUUCAGAAAAAGCUCUCUGUCAUGCCAGAAAUUCAUUGAAUGAAGAAACAACCAACCCAUUUCAAAGUGCUUCAGGAAAGAGUGUUGAAAUUUCAGAGAAAGCUCUCCAGGAAGCAAGGAAAACACUAAAUGAAGAAAUGACCAACCCAUUUCAAAGUGCCUCUGGAAAGAGUGUUGAAAUUUCAGAGAAAGCUCUCCAGCAAGUAAGGAAAACACUAAAUGAAGAAAUUAAUGACCCAUCAGUAAAAAAUUAUAGUGUUUCUGAAAAAAAUCUUCAGCAAACUAGGAAUACAUUGAACAAUCAAACAAAUAACCCUUUUCAGAGUGCUUCAGGAAAAGGUGUUUCCAUUUCCGAAAAAUCUCUUCAGCAAGCAAAGAAAACAUCAAAUGAUCAAAAUCUAAAUCCAUUUCAAAGUGCUUCUGGAAAAAGUAUGAUUGUAUCAGAACAGUCUCUCAAGCAUGCCAGGAAAACUCUGUGUGAUGAAUCAAUUAAUACAUCCAAAUGUGUGUCAGGGAAUAGUGAAGUGAAUUCAGAAAAGGCUAUACAACAAGAUAGGAAAUUAUUAGGACAAAAUUAUUCAGAACAUUGUGUGUCAGGGAAUAGUGAAGUGAUGUCUGGAAAGGCUCUACAAAAAGAUAGGAAAUCAUACGGACAAAAUUAUUCAGUACAGUGUGUUCCCAUUUCCAAAAAGGUUUUGCCAUUUUCUGAUAACAAUUUUAACAAGAAAUUGUCACCUUCACUACAAGCAAGCAGAUCAGCAGUAGAAAUUAAAAAGAGAAAGAGAAGUGAUUUUGAUGAUGAUUUUGAUAUUCCAUUAGAGAUAUUGGAACAGAUGGAGUUGUAUGGUAAAAGACAAAGGACUGAUGUACUAGAUGGGAGAAGAAAACAGUCUUUGACAGCUGGCCCUGAAGAUUACAGUAGAGAUAGACAGGUUCCUGGGUUUUCACCAAAGCCAUUAAAGAGUCAGUCUAUACACACUAAUCAGAGGAACAGAAUACAAGAAUACCUUUCUGGUGACACAAGUAAGGACACUAUUGCACUACCAAAGUCUACAUUUAAAACACCAUACAAGCCAUCAUCAGCACCCAUAGAAGAUAUUACCGCUACAUACAAUAAUAAACUUAAAGUAGGAGCUCCAGUUUUUGUACCCAAGACUGCAAAUAGCCAAGGAAAGAAAACGAAUGAUCAACAGACAAGAGUUCCUUUACAACCAAAGAUGCCAAAUAAUAUAAAGGUCGAAAGCCAAUCAGGUGUACCUGGAAAAGGUUUAAAUCUGACUUCUGCAAUGAACGAAAUCAGCAAAGAAAUACUACAGAUGAUAGAGAAUGCUAGAAAACAACAAAAAGAGAAGAUUAAAGAGAAGAAGAGGAGAAAGGUUGUCCCUGUAGAAGGAAGACUGUAUCAGAUGAAACAGUCACAUGGAAGAUUUAAACUGAAAGAUGUUGUCACACUUAAUAGCAAUAUUGACCAGUCUGCUAUAAUGCACAUACAUCCUUCAACAAGAAAAGUAAGAUGUAGUAAUGCAGCCCUCCAUAAAUUUUACCUUCCUGACUUUUAUGGCAAAAAUGUCCACCAUAUUAUUGUUGGAGAUGGAGCAAUGCUGGUUCCUGAUGAUAAAGGCUAUGCAGGGAAGGAGGAGUUUUAUCAAGCUUUCCUGACCAUAGAAAAUGUAGACUGUAAGCUGCUUGAUGAAAAAUGGUUCUGUAAUCAUUUUAGAUGGGUAGUUUGGAAACUAGCAGCCUAUGAAGUUACUUCAUCUUGGAUCUUUCCUGGAAGAUGUCUGACACCAGAGGUUGUGAUGUUACAAAUGAAAUAUAGAUAUGAUAGAGAAAUAGAUAAGUGUCAAAGGUCUGCUAUUAUGAAGAUAUGUGAGAGAGAUGAUACACCAUGUAAAAGAAUGGUUCUGUGUAUAUCGGAUAUCACUAUGGAUGUUAAGGAACCUAAGAUAUCUCUAACCGAUGGCUGGUACUGUAUUAAAGCCAGGGUUGAUAUUCCCCUGUCUAACCUGAUUAACAAAGGGUGUAUACACAUUGGACAUAAGCUAUGUAUAUCUGGAGCUGAACUGACUGGUUCCCAGGAUGCUUGUCCACCAUUAGAGGCACCAGAAUCUUUGAUAAUGAAAAUUAGUACCAAUUCUACAAGACCUGCCUCAUGGGAUUCCACACUGGGCUACCAAACUGACCACACCCCUCUAUGUGUACCUUUGUCAUCUGUACAAGGAGAAGGUGGAUUGAUUGGUUGUAUUGAUGUUGUGGUUGUGAGGAAAUACCCUACUAUGUACAUGGAGAAGUUACCAGCUGGUGGCUGUAUAUUUAGGUCUUAUGCUGCUGAAGAGAAAUAUAAACAAACAUUCCAACAACUUCAACAGGAGAAAAUGGAGAAGUUAUACCAACAAUUAGAAAGUCGGUUUGAAAAAGAUAAUAAGGAAGAAAGAUGUAUCAAGAGAAAGAAAUUUUCAUGUAAAGACAUAGAGCAACUUAGCUCAGGUGAAGAAAUAUAUGAGGCUAUAAAUUCUGCUAAACAUCCAGAUGACAUCCAGACAUAUUUAAGCAGUAAUCAGUUGGAACUAUUGAUGGAAUACCAGAGAUGUAUACAGGAAGAAAGACGACAGAAGAUGAACUCUGAAUUCCAGAAAAUUUGGAAUGAUGGAGAUGAGACUAAUAAACAGAGAAAUGUAAUACCACUAAUGAAAGUAAGACUUGUUGGAUGCUGUAGGAAAGAUACAGAUAGUCAGAUGUCAUCUUUGUUAUCAAUAUGGAGACCAUCUUCUACUCACAAUGAUCUUAAAGAAGGACAAAGAUACAAGAUUUACAGUUUGUCAGCAUCACCUGGACGGUCUGGGUCAGGUGGAGUACAGCUGACAGCAACCAAACAAACACAGUUUAAACUAUUGGCAUUAGAUGAUAAUAUCUUGGAUAUGAUUUAUGAACCAAGAGAGGUACUUACAAAACAAGACAUUGUUAGGAAGAGGCCUGCCUACAGAGAAGUAGAUAUAUUGGGCAUUGUUGUAAUGGUCAACAGUACAAACUUUGAACACAGUGGAAAACAGCAGGACACUGUGUAUUUAACAGAUAUCAAUGAUGAUUUGAUCGGUAUCAAGUUCUGGGGAGGAGUAAAGCACUGUGGGUUAUCAGACACUUUACAGGAAGGUGUGAUAUGCUGUUGUAGUAACCUGUGUGACAAAUCUAAUUACCCAUCAAUAAGUUUACCUAUACUGGAUUAUUCUACAGAGUUAUCUGUCCUAUCACAAUCUCCACAGUAUCCAAGUCAGAGGAAACAUAUAGAGAACCUUAAAGAGAAACUCAAGGAGAAAACUGAGUUUCUGAAACAAGCAAAGGAAAGACUUCAUGACAAGCUUAAUGCAAGAAGUUCACUGGCUUCUGUGAUUAAAAGUCCUGAGAAAAAUUGCAGUGAAAUUUUACUGGAAAGCAAAACACCAAACAAUCCCAAGACAUCUUCCAAGAUGGCUGCCUUGUUGAGUUAUUCAUCUCCAUCACCAAUAUCACCCGUUGUGCUGUCAUCAUCAAAGUCAAUUCAUAAAGCAUUCAAACCUCCAUCAUUGACCAGAAAAUAAAUCAUGUCAUUCUACAAAUCAUUAUCCUUUUUGUGAGAUUUGUUAAUUUUCAAUUUUUUUUUAGGGAGGAAUUAUUGAUUUGCUUUUUCAAUAAUGUAAAGAUAUACUUGGCAAUUCAAAAUAAUACUUAUAUUCCUGUUUCUUGUCAGUUCAUUCUUUAGCAUAUUGAAUUUUUUGUUUUGAAAAGUACUAGAAGUGACACACACAAGUCUAUUAAAGGUCUAUCUACAUUUUUUUUUAAGUAUUUUAAAAAUAAGUACGGU